AUGACUGCUGGAAUAUAUACUCCAGAAAUAAUCAACGCACUGCAAAAACAUUUCAUGUACCCACAAGAAACAGAGACAGCUCUAAAAAACCUAAUAAGGCAAACAACAGGUUAUGAAGUUAUAAACCAAGGCUUUGACACCAGGAACAUAAUUAGUGAACAUAUUAUAAGCAAUAUGGUCCAAUCCGAGUUGAAUAAAAUGUGGGGAUGGUUCACUGAAAUCGGAAAGAUAACGUCCGGAGUUUUAGGUAUAUUUGUCAUAGAAAAAAUGUCGCUAAUGACAAUAUCACCAUACUCAAUGUAUCCAUCUUAUACAAAUCAUUUGGUUGGAGUAUUAAAUUAA